AUGAAGACUUGUGGAGCUCUGCUGGUGCUGCUGUGCUGCUGUUUGUCUGAGACGCAGCUUAGAGGAGACACCAUCAGUGACAAUGACAUCACUCACCAGGGCCAUUAUGGUGAAGCAGAGACCAGAGAAGAUGUGGUUAUGGGUGCAGCACAGAGAACUGAAGAUGCAGACACAGCCUCUACCCAACAAACCUGCCAGCCUGACAUCCACACUGUGCUGAGAGAGAUGAGCGCUCUUGUGGUGGAGCAGAGAACCAGACUGAGAGCCAGUGAGAAGAUAGUCGAAGAGCAGAGAGUGGAGCUCAGAUACACCAAGACACAAAUGGACGCCGUGGAGGCCAGACUGAGAGCCAGUGAGAAGGCAGUUGAAGAACAGAGAGUGGAGUUCAGACAGACUGAAGCCAGACUGACAGCCAGACUGACAGUCAGUGAGAAAUUAGUGCAACAACUAAAGACUAAACAUGAAGCCCAAGUACUGAACCUGAACCUCACAAGGAGCCAAGUAGAGGAGUUGAGGAGGGAAAGAGAGCAGAGGAGGGUCUCUUUCUCUGCUUCACUGGUGGCGUCUGGAGAUGUAACUACAGGACCUUUUAGCACACACACUAACCUGGUCUACAAACACGUUUUCACCAACAUAGGGAAUGCCUACAAUCCAAACACAGGGGCCUUCACAGCUCCAGUUAGGGGGGUCUACUACUUUGAUGUCUUCGUCUUUGGGAAUGGCCAUGCAUCAACACCCACUGGAGUCUCUCUCCACAAAAACGGACAGCAUGUUGUCAUUGCUUACAGUGCAGGGAACGUCCACCAUGUUGCUGCCUCCAACGGAGCAUCUCUGCUGCUGGAAGUGGGGGAUGUGGUCUAUCUGAAGCUGUGGCAUAAUUCCUGGGUGAGAGAUAAUAUUAACCACCACACGACCUUCUCUGGACACCUGCUCUUCACCAUGUAGCCAAGCAGCAGAACAGACCCAUAACAAUACAAGAACAAUGAAACAAAUGACUGUUUAGGAGUGUGGUGGUAUGUGUUUAUGUGUGUGUAUGAGGGGUAUUUAACUAUAUAUUCAGUUUCUCUGUUCCUGUAGGCU